AUGGAUAGCGCUUCCCCACGGUCAGCGUCGCGUCCACGUUCGUUAUCGAGGCCCACUACUCCUUUACGGCCGAGCUCUCGAUCCUCUAUUCGUGAAGCGCAUGGAUAUGGCGUCAGCAUCGGGAGUGCGGGCUACAACCAGCCCGCCAUCAAUGCCCUUGAGCCGCAGUUUGCAGAACUUGCUGACUCCAUGGCUGAUUUGGAGGCAAACUUCAUGCACCUGCAGUUAAUGCAUGAGAGUUUGACACGCUUCAGCGAGAGUUUCGCCAGUUUCCUCUAUGGAUUGAACAUGAACGCUUUCUGUGUGGACUUCCCCGAGGCACCGAUCUCAGAAUCGUUCCGAAGGGCGAAGCAAGCCGAGGCGCAGAAAGAAGCGGAAGAAGAUUUGGCGAAAACCAACGAAGCCGAAAUGACGUUUAUGACUACGGACACUACCUUCGUUGAACACCCCCCAAGCACCGUCUCGUCGAAGCCUACGCCCAAGACUGGAACUACUCGUGGAACUGGAAGAGGAAGAGGGACCAGCACUCGUGGGCCGGCAACUGGCCGUCAUGCAACCAGAGGCCGAGCUCGUCCUAGUGCCUUGCCCCGAGGCAGGUUCAUGCGGUGA